GAGUCACGCCCCUCCUUGCGCGUGCUCCCUGCCCCUCAGGCCGCGGUCGCGAUUACACUCUCUACGGCUUCCAGCUGGAGGGCCGUUGCGGGCUGGAGACACGGCGGCGACUGGAACCGGAGGAGUUCUAGGCCAAAUGGUUGGGCCAGCCAGGAUCCCAGGACCCUUCGCCGCUCGAGACCGGAGAGAGGAAACGAAACAGGCGGGAACCCGUCGGGGAGGGAGGGAACUAGCGGAAGGUGUCAUGGCUGCCGCGCUCUUGAGUCACGUGUCCAGGCCCCGCCUUGCUACUUCCGGUCACGUGCCCUCGGACUCCUCUCAGCCAGCGAUGGAGGCGAGACCCAUAAGUAACAGAGGCGGUGGCGACUGCUGCAGCCACUGGGUUUCGGCCUCUUCCCAGCAGCGGCUCUAAGAAGCGCAGCGGAACUCGACCGGAUCCAACCCAGUUAGUUACUUCCUGUCUAGAGUUGUAGCUUCCAUCUGCACCUUCUAGCCACCAUGGCAACCUCAUCUGAAGAAGUUUUGCUGAUUGUAAAGAAAGUGCGUCAAAAGAAGCAGGAUGGAGCUCUAUACCUCAUGGCAGAAAGAAUUGCUUGGGCACCUGAAGGCAAAGAUAGAUUUACAAUCAGCCAUAUGUAUGCAGAUAUUAAAUGCCAGAAAAUUAGUCCAGAAGGAAAAGCUAAAAUUCAGCUUCAGCUGGUCCUACAUGCAGGGGACACAACUAACUUCCAUUUUUCCAAUGAAAGCACAGCAGUGAAAGAGCGAGAUGCAGUAAAAGACCUUCUUCAGCAGCUGCUGCCCAAAUUCAAGAGGAAAGCAAAUAAAGAACUGGAAGAGAAGAACAGAAUGCUGCAAGAAGAUCCUGUUUUGUUUCAGCUUUAUAAAGACCUUGUUGUGAGUCAAGUGAUCAGUGCUGAGGAAUUCUGGGCCAAUCGUUUAAAUGUGAAUGCAACAGAUAGUUCUUCCACAUCCAAUCAUAAGCAGGAUGUUGGCAUUUCUGCUGCAUUUCUGGCUGAUGUCCGGCCCCAAACUGAUGGCUGUAAUGGUCUAAGAUAUAAUUUAACUUCUGAUAUCAUUGAGUCCAUAUUUAGGACCUAUCCAGCAGUAAAAAUGAAAUAUGCAGAAAAUGUUCCCCACAACAUGACAGAGAAGGAAUUCUGGACACGUUUUUUCCAGUCCCAUUAUUUUCACAGGGAUCGGCUGAAUACAGGGUCAAAGGAUCUCUUUGCAGAAUGUGCCAAAAUAGAUGAAAAAGGCCUAAAAACAAUGGUUUCAUUAGGAGUGAAAAACCCACUACUAGAUUUAACAGCUUUGGAAGAUAAACCAUUAGAUGAGGGCUAUGGCAUUUCCUCUGUGCCAUCUGCUUCCAAUUCUAAAUCCAUAAAAGAGAAUAGUAAUGCUGCCAUCAUCAAGAGAUUUAACCAUCACAGUGCCAUGGUCCUGGCAGCUGGACUCAGAAAACAAGAAACACAAAAUGAACAAAAUAGUGAGCCCAGCAACAUGGAUGGAAAUUCCGGAGAUGCAGACUGCUUUCAGCCAGCAGUCAAAAGGGCGAAAUUACAAGAGUCCAUUGAAUAUGAAGACUUGGGGAAAAAUAAUUCUGUAAAAACGAUUGCACUAAACCUCAAGAAGUCAGAUAGGUAUUAUCAUGGUCCAACUCCAAUCCAGUCACUACAGUAUGCAACAAGUCAGGACAUUAUUAAUUCUUUUCAAAGUAUUAGACAAGAAAUGGAAGCUUAUACACCCAAGUUAACUCAGGUUCUCUCAAGUAGUGCUGCCAGUAGUACCAUCACAGCACUGUCACCUGGAGGGGCACUUAUGCAGGGAGGAACACAGCAAGCCAUAAACCAGAUGGUGCCAAAUGAUAUUCAGUCUGAAUUGAAACACUUAUAUGUAGCUGUUGGAGAACUUCUACGGCAUUUCUGGUCCUGCUUUCCUGUUAAUACGCCAUUCCUAGAAGAAAAGGUAGUGAAAAUGAAAAGUAAUUUGGAACGAUUCCAAGUUACGAAGCUCUGUCCAUUCCAAGAAAAGAUUCGGAGACAGUAUUUAAGCACAAAUUUGGUAAGUCACAUAGAAGAGAUGCUCCAGACAGCCUACAACAAGCUCCACACAUGGCAGUCACGGCGUCUGAUGAAGAAAACGUGAGGUAGCCAUGAUGCUUACAGGUUUUGUGAGAUUGAGAGAACUAUGACCUGCAGCAACUCUGGAAACCUGGCCUGACAGACAAGCAGAUGACCUCACAGGAGUGAAAAGAAACAUCUGCUCCACGCCAACUCCCAGAGCUGAUGCUAUUGUACUUGCACAUUGGAGACUGAAAGGAAAGAAGGGACUAAAUGCUGGGGAGGUAAAUUAAGGCAGAACCAAAUGAGCUAAGUUGCGCAUAUAUAUAUAUAUAUAUAUAUAUAUACACACACACACACACACACACACACACACAUAUAUGUACAUGUGUAUGUACAUAUAUAUAUUUUAAAAGACUGUUUACUGCAGUUGCUCAGGAACUGCUUUUGAUUCACAUUAAGCUGCUUUCAGAAAUUUAAAAAAAACACUUUUUAAAGGGUGCAUUGAUAAAAUCUGAGGUUUUUUGGUUGUUGUUGUUUUUUCUGUGUACAUUUUUUUCCUAAGUUUAUGGCACAGGGUAGACUUUAAGUAUUCCUCCUCCAUCCUUCAUUCUUCACCCUCCAUUGGAUCCUCAAGUUUUAAUGAAUUCCAGUUAUACCUUACAUCAGCAAGUUAAAAAGAGUACUUUAAAAUAAAGCAAAGGGAGACUGUUGCUCAACCAUCAGGAAACAGUUGUCAGAAGACAUCAUUGGUCCUGUGUUUCCUACGGAAAUAAGAAACAAUAAAUAUUGCACUGAAUGUUUGUGGUUUGGAGUCCCUGAAUAAUAAAGAGGGAACAUAUUUGCAGAAAGUUGUAUAGGGUUUUUUUAUGCAGAAUUUUGUCAGAAGACAAUGGCGCUGCAUGUUUUUCUUUGAGUGCAAAUGUACAUUGCUAAGAUUUUUUUAAGAUGGCAUGUGCUUUGAAAAGAGGAUAUUGCAUUUUUAAGAGUUUAAAAAUCUUAUGAGUGAGAAAUAUUAAAAAAUCUUAUUUUCACCUCUUUAGAAGAAAUAAAAGAUGUUUCUCCUAUCUCCUUUUCUCUAGUAUUUGACCGUUACUGUCCUUGGCGAAUCGAUAAUCAUUGCAUAGUGACUGAAAAGCCUAAGUGCAAAAAAAACAAAGAUGUUCUUGUUUCUGAACUUCAUGCCAUAUUUUGUUCCUAAUGGGAUCAACAAUGUUUAAGACUUUAGAUGUCUUGUAUUAAAAAUUACACAAAAAAAGUAAAACUUUUUAUACUUACUCUUUUAACUCUGA